AUGUUUCGUCGGGGGUUAAACAUUUGUAAGAACAACAAUGGAUUUGAAAUUGAAAGCCAUUACGAUAGAAUUCUUCAGUCCUGUACCAGUUUAGCUUUCCUGUCACAGAUCCACUCCAUUCUUACAACCACCGGCAUUAUCAAGCAUAGUGUUCACUUGAAUGCUCGGGUCAUCAACAAAUACUCCGACUUCUUGCAUCUUCAAAGUGCUAGGUUUGUGUUUGACGCCACCGAUCAUGAAUCCAGUUCGUUCUUAUGGAACACGAUGCUCCGUGCCUAUGCAAACAGUGGUUUCUGCUCAGAGGCAUUGGAGUUCUAUUCCCUUAUGCGCAAAACUGGCAUUCGAUCCAAUAAUUACACAUUCCCAUUUGCUCUCAAAUCAUGCGCUGCUAAUUUGCUUCCUACCUAUGGAAAAUUACUUCAUUCUGAAAUAAUUAGAACCGGAUUCGGUUCAGAUAUCUAUGUAGAGGCCGCUCUAAUUGACAUGUACGCUGGAUGUGACUUAAUCCAAGAUGGUCGCAAGGUGUUCGACAAAAUGUCAAAGAGAGACCUUGUGUGCUGGACCUCAAUGAUCACAGCUUAUGAACAAUCCGAGCAAGCUGACACUGCGUUGCAUCUCCUUCAUCAAAUGCAACAAGAAGGUUUUUGUUUAGAUUGGGUUACAGCUGUGACAGUUGCCUCUGCUAUUGGCCAAUUAGGAGAUGCCAAGAGAGCUCAAUCUGUUCAUGGGUAUGCCAUUCGUCAUGCAUUUUUCCAAGAUUUACCUGUUGUUAACUCAAUUCUAUCAAUGUAUGCCAAAUGUGGGGAAGUUGAAAAAGCAGAAAUGAUCUUUCACCAAACAAAACAAAGAAACACCAUAACUUGGAACUCUAUGCUUACUUGUUAUUCCCAAAAUGGACAAGCUAGUGAAGCUUUGGCUCUUUUUGAACAAAUGAAGAUAUCUGAUAUCAAUCCUAAUCAGGUGACAGCAUUAAUAGUUGUUUCAUCAUGUUCUUAUCUAGGUUCACAACAACUUGCAACCAAAAUCCAUGAUUUCAUCAUACAAAACAAAAUAGAAACAAACCUAACUUUAUGGAACGCGAUAAUGGACAUGUAUGCAAAAUGUGCAGAUUUGGACACUGCUUUAAGAAUGUUCCAAGAGUUACCCUUGAGCCACUUAGAUGUUACAUCUUGGAACACUUUAAUCUCAGGGUAUGGCAUGCAUGGGUAUGGAAAAGAAGCCCUCAAACUCUUCAACAAGAUGAUCAGCCAUGGCUUUCAACCAAACCAUGUCACCUUCACCUCCAUUCUUUCUGCUUGUAGCCACUCAGGUCUUAUUGAAGAAGGAAGAAAUUGUUUCUCAGAAAUGGAAAAAUUCUGUGUUAAAAAAGAGCCAAAACAUUUUGCUUGUAUGGUUGAUAUGCUUGGGAGAGGUGGAUUUCUAGAUGAAGCUUAUGAAUUGAUAAAGAAUAUGUCAUCAGAACCAAAUGAUGAAGUAUGGGGAGCUUUGCUUUUGGCUUGUAAAAUUUACCGAAAUGCCACUUUAGGGAAAGUUGCAGCUGAUAAUCUUUUCCACCUUGAACCACAACAUACUGGAUAUUAUGUACUAAUGUCAAACAUCUAUGCAACUUCAAGAAAUUGGCAAGAAGUUGGAAGAUUGAGACAAGAUAUGAAAAAUAAAGGAUUAAGAAAGCCUGCGGGAGUUAGUUUGAUUGAGUUUGAUAACAAGUUGCAUGGUUUUCACACUGGGGAGGAGUUUAAUUCUUUUACAAGAGAGAUUUAUGAGAAGGUGGAAAGAAUGGUGGUUGAGAUAAAGAUGGUAGGUUAUGUUCCUGAUUUGUCAUGUGUAUUUCAUGAUGUAGAAGAGGAAGACAAGCAUGGUAUGUUAAGUUAUCAUGGUGAGAAGUUAGCUUUGGCUUUUGGGCUUAUGAAUGUUAUUGAUACAAAAUUGGCUAUUCGCAUAACUAAGAAUCUUAGAGUUUGUAGUGAUUGUCAUUUGGCUUUUAAAUUGGUGUCUCGUGUAUAUGGAAGGAAAAUUAUUGUGAGAGAUGUGAAUCGUUUCCAUCAUUUUGAAGAUGGUUUUUGUUCAUGCAAUGAUUACUGGGAACGCCCUACAAUGGACACAGUCAUUGAGGAGAUUGAGGAAGCAUUAAAUAUUCAAGACGUUGUUGCUACCCUUAUUGAGUUCGUUAUGCAAAACAUUGGAUUCAGUCAUGGGAAACCUGUUGCAGCAUUUACCAUAUACAAAUGCCUCCUCCAUUGGAAAUGUCGUGAAGCUGAAAGUACCACCGUGUUUGAUCGAAUUAUGCAGAUGAUUAUUUCAGCAAUUGAGGAUCAAGAUGAUAAUGAUCAGAUCGCAUAUUGGUUAUCCAAUGCAUCUACUCUAUUAUUCUUAAUCCAUAAAAGUCUAAAACUUGAUGGUGCAAGUUCAGUUUGGAAACCACCAUCUCCAAAUGCAUCUACUUCAUUGUUUGGAAGAAUAGCAAGGGCAUUUCUAUCAUCCUUGUCUUCUAUCAACUUUACUGAUGAAGAAUUUGUGUUUGUGGAUGAGGAUGAGGAUGAGGUUGGGUCCCGAGUCGAGACUGAGGCUAGGGCUGCACUUAAGGUACUACAACAAGUUGAAGCCAAAUCCCCAACUUUAGUUUUUAAGAAGCAACUAACAGUAUAUGUAGAAAAAAUGUAUGGAAUUAUGGGUGACAACUUCAAGGAGGAGUUGGGAUCAUUACUUGCCUUGUGCAUUCAGGCUCAACUUACGUCCAAGGAAGUGCCAACAUAUGGAGAAUCGAUUGGCAAUGAAUCUCAAUUCAGUCACUGGCAACAUAUCAUUGAUCGUCUCAACACUCUUCUCAACACAUUGAAAGAAAAUUUUGUGCUUCCUAUAAUUGUGCGGAAGAUAUUUGCUCAAAUUUUCUCAUAUAUCAAUGUAGAACUCUUUAAUAGUCUUCUUCUACGUCAAGAGUGUUGUACCUCCAGCAAUGGGAAAUAUCUUAGAGUCGGUUUAAGAAAGUUGGAGCAAUGGUGUUUCGAAGCAAAAAAAGAGUAUGCUAGCUCAGCUUGGAAUGAACUUGUCCAUAUCAGACAAGCUAUUCGGUUCUUGGUUAAACACCAAAAGCACAAGAUAUCUUAUGAAAUCACCCAUGAGCUAUGCCCUAUUCUAAGCAUGUAG